AUGCCACCAGCAUCCGCUUCCAAGGCCAAGAGAGAGGCCAAGAAGGCUGAAAGAGACGCCAAGAGAGCCGCAGAGGGCAAGACGGUGCGUGUGUCCAAGAAGAAGGAGGAUAGCGAGGACGAAACCGAGGCCACGGCCCGGGAGAUCGCACAGAUGAAGCUGCAGCUCGACAAGGACGGCCUGUCGGACCGUGUGGUGACCGGUGUGCUCGACUCGCUGGAGACUUCGCGAGACGUCAAGAUGUCGUCCGUGUCGCUGCUGUUCCACGGUAAGGUUCUGAUCCAGGACUCGCAGGUGGAACUGAACUACGGGCGCCGCUACGGGCUGCUGGGUGAGAACGGGUGCGGUAAGUCGACGUUCCUGAAGUCGCUUGCGACUCGCGAAUACCCCAUCCCCGAACACAUCGACGUGUACUUGCUCGACGAGCCUGCGGAGCCCUCGGAGUACUCAGCUCUGGAAUACGUGGUCAACGAGGCGCAAAACGAACUGAAACGGCUCGAGGACCUGGUGGAGAAGACCAUUCUAGACGAAGGGCCCGAGUCCGACGUCUUGGAAGGGAUCUACGAGCGCAUGGACUCCCUGGACCCCUCCACGUUCGAAAGCAGAGCCGCCGUCAUCCUGAUCGGUUUGGGUUUCAACUCCCAGACUAUCAACAAAAAGACCAAAGACAUGUCUGGUGGCUGGAAAAUGCGUGUUGCCCUGGCCAAGGCCCUUUUUGUCAAGCCAACUCUGCUGCUGUUGGAUGACCCCACUGCCCAUUUGGAUCUCGAAGCGUGCGUGUGGUUGGAAGAGUACUUGAAGAGAUUUGACAGAACCCUGGUCUUGGUGUCGCAUUCGCAAGAUUUCUUGAACGGUGUUUGCUCCAAUAUGAUCGACAUGCGUCUACAGAAAUUGAUUGCUUACGGUGGUAACUUUGACUCUUACACCAAGACCCGUAGCGAACAGGAGACCAGCCAAAUGAAACAAUACGCCAAGCAGCAAGAAGAAAUCGCCCACAUCAAGAAGUUCAUUGCAUCUGCCGGUACCUACGCUAACCUGGUGAGACAGGCCAAAUCUAGACAAAAGAUUUUGGACAAGAUGGAGGCAGACGGGCUGAUCGAACCAGUCGUGCCAGACAAAGUUUUCUCCUUCCGUUUCCCAGAAGUGGAGAGAUUGCCUCCCCCUGUCCUGGCUUUUGACGACAUCUCUUUUGCGUACGAUGGCAAACCUGAGAACAACCUUUACGAACAUUUAAAUUUUGGUGUGGAUAUGGACUCCAGAGUUGCUCUUGUAGGACCCAACGGUGUGGGUAAGUCGACUCUAUUGAAGAUCAUGACGGGUGAUCUUUCUGCACAGUCGGGCCGUGUCUCUCGUCACACUCACGUCAAAUUGGGUGUUUACUCACAACAUUCUCAAGAUCAACUAGAUUUGAGUAAGUCUCCUCUAGAAUUCGUUCGUGACAAACAUUCGGAUAUCUCUCACGAUUUCCAAUACUGGAGAGGCCAACUUGGCCGUUACGGUUUGAGCGGUGAAGCUCAAACCUCCCAAAUGGGUACUCUAUCUGAAGGUCAACGUUCCCGUGUCGUUUUCGCAUUGUUGGCUCUGCAAGCACCAAACGUUUUGCUGCUGGAUGAACCUACCAACGGUCUAGAUAUCUCUACCAUCGAUUCCUUAGCCGACGCAAUUAAUGACUUCAAUGGUGGUGUUGUGGUUGUGUCACACGAUUUCAGGUUGUUGGACAAGAUUGCUAAGGACAUUUUUGUCGUUGAAGACAAAACCGCCACCAGAUGGGACGGUUCAAUUUUGGACUACAAGAACAAGUUGGCGAAGAAUGUUGUAUUGUAA